AUGGCUCAUCCAAGGGACUUAAAGUUCUCUCCGAUUGACCAGAAUUUGGUGGGGUAUUAUCUACGCAACAGAGUGGAUACAGGAAAAGAUGGUUUCAUCACAGAUAUCAAACUUUAUGAAGACGAGCCGUGGCUUCUUCCGCACGUCAAGAAUGAUCAAUUCAAAGAGAACAUGUGGUUUUACUUUGUUCUAAGGACACGUAAUUUGGGGAGCAGGCCCAAACGCACGGUUCCCGGUAGAGGAAGCAGUAACGGCGGAACUUGGACGACAAGUGGCGUAAAGAAGGCGAUCACUGACCGUAACAACCCCAAGGUUGUGAUCGGAUACAAAACAGAACUCGCGUACCACAAGAAAGUCAAGGGAAAGCUUAAAGGAGACACCACUGGUUGGUGUAUGACGGAGUAUUGGCUUGCAAGUGAGAACGAUGCUCAGUUCCAAGAAGUAGUCUUGUGUCAUCUCCGUGACAAUAACAAGAUGGUCGUUGACCAGCCACCAGAGAGCAAAAACGGAGACAAUGACAUCGCCACAGAGCAGCCUCAACAAGGGAACAGCGAUGACAACAACAAUAGACUCCUUGACUUCACUCAUCAACAGCGGCCACUGAUUCCUCCUUUUGAAGGACAGGGAUUGAGACUUCAAACCAUUAUGGGAUAUUCUGAUAAGGCCACUCAAGAACAACAACAUCCACCGAUUUCUCCUCCUCCUCAACGUCAAGAUUCCGGAAGCAUAAACAACGCACUUGUAAUCAUGGAAGAUGAGUGUGUUAGCCAAGAUGAAAUAUUCAAUCUAGCUGACCUGGAAGCCGGCAUCACUCAUCCACAACAACAACAUCGUCAGAUGAUGGUGGAUCCUUAUGAUGAUAUAUCUUUCUCAAGAUUGGCAAUGCCGAACAACCUGAUUUACCAUCAUGAAGACUCAUGGCAUCAAGAUACCUCUCCAUGGAACAACACCAAUCCUCGUGGACUCAUAUUCAAUUCUCAUGGAUAUGAGAUCCAAGAUCAAACUGUCACCAAGGGACACAAUCAAGAUUCAUAUUAUUAG